AUGAGCAGCCAGCCUUCGAAGGAGAAGCCAGACUCUCACCGCAGGCCUCUGCUGCCUGAACCUCUUUCCAGCAGAUACAAACUCUAUGAGUCAGACUUCACCAGCCCGAGCUGGCCCUCAAGUCCCCAGGACGCCCACCCAGCUCUGCCCCUCCUGGAAAUGCCCGAGGAAAAGGAUCUUCGAUCAUCCAAUGAAGACAGCCACAUUGUGAAAAUGGAAAAUCCUCGUGACAGGAGUAAAAGGAGAGAAAGUGAGCCAACACAUCGAGGUUCUGCUGGUCAGGGUGGUAUCAGCCUCUUCCAAGCACUGGGCUACCUCACUGGUGAGAUGAAGGAGUGCAGAAGCUGGCUGAAAGAUAAGCCCCUGGCCUUCCAGUUUACAGACUGGGUCCUGAGGGGUGUGGGCCAGGUUAUGUUCGUCAACAACCCUCUCAGUGGGCUCGUUGUCUUCAUUGGGCUCCUGAUCCAGAACCCCUGGUGGACGAUUGCUGGGGGCAUUGGCACUGUGGCCUCCACCUUAACUGCCCUUGCCUUGAGUCAGGACAGGUCGGCCAUUGCCUCUGGACUCCAUGGCUACAACGGGCUGCUAGUGGGGCUGCUGAUGGCAGUGUUCUCUGAGAAGCUGGACUACUUCUGGUGGCUUCUACUUCCUGUCACGUUCACUGCCAUGGCCUGCCCAGUCCUUUCUAGUGCACUAAAUUCCAUCUUCAGCAAAUGGGACCUCCCUGUCUUCACUCUGCCCUUCAACAUCAUAGUGACUCUAUACCUGGCAGCCACGGGUCACUACAACCUCUUCUUCCCCACGAAGCUGGUGGAGCCUGUGUCUUCAGCGCCCAACAUCACCUGGACAGAAAUAGAGAUGCCUUUGCUGCUACAAGCCAUUCCAGUUGGGGUAGGCCAGGUGUAUGGCUGUGACAAUCCCUGGACAGGUGGCGUGUUCCUGGUGGCCCUUUUCAUCUGCUCACCGCUCAUCUGUCUGCAUGCUGCCAUUGGCUCCAUCGUGGGAAUGCUGGCAGCUCUCACAGUGGCCACACCCUUCGAGAAGAUCUACCUGGGCCUCUGGAGCUACAACUGUGUCCUCUCCUGUAUUGCUGUUGGUGGCAUGUUCUAUGCCCUCACCUGGCAGACCCACCUGCUGGCCCUUGUCUGUGCUCUGUUCUCUGCUUACAUGGGAGCAGCCCUCGCCAACAUCAUGUCAGUGAUUGGUGUGCCACCCUGCACCUGGCCCUUCUGCCUUUCCACCCUCAUCUUCCUGCUGCUGACCACCAGCAACCCUGCCAUCUACAAGCUCCCACUCAGCAAGGUCACCUACCCAGAGGCCAACCGUAUCUACUACCUGACCAUGAGGAGCAGCGAGGAAGAGAAGGCCCCCAGCGGUGGCAGUGGGGAGCAGCAGCCGGCCACAGCCUGUCCGAAGGCCGUCGAGGGCUCGACAGCUACGCGCCCGAAGCCCAGGAGCGUGUUCCACAUCGAGUCCAUCCGCAGAAGGAGCAAAGUGUUUGGAAAAGGUGAGCACCAGGAGAAACAAGCCAAAGACCCCUUUCCCUAUCACUACCGCAAGGCCACCGUGGAAUUGUUGGACCUGGACACCAUGGAGGAGAGCUCGGAAAUAAAGGUGGGCGCCCACCCUCCCAGGACCUCCUGGCUUCAGAGCACCAUGGCCGCCAGCAGCAAAGGGCUCAGCAAGGUGCUGGGUUACAUCACGGGGGAGAUGAAGGAGUGCGGGGAGGGACUGAAAGACAAAUCCCCAGUGCUCCAGUUCCUGGACUGGGUGCUGCGGGGCACCUCUCAGGUGAUGUUUGUCAACAAUCCCCUCAGCGGCACCCUCAUCAUCAUCGGCCUCUUCAUCCAGAACCCCUGGUGGGCCAUCUCGGGGUGCCUGGGCACCAUCGUGUCCACUCUGACAGCCUUGGUCCUGAGUCAGGACAAGUCAGCCAUUGCAGCUGGACUUCACGGCUACAACGGGGUGCUGGUGGGGCUGCUUAUGGCCGUGUUCUCUGACAAAGGCGACUAUUACUGGUGGCUUCUGCUCCCUGUCAUCAUUAUGUCCAUGACGUGUCCCAUCCUCUCCAGUGCCCUGGGCACAGUCCUUAGCAAGUGGGACCUGCCUGUCUUCACUCUGCCCUUCAACAUUGCCGUCACCCUGUACCUGGCAGCCACAGGCCACUACAACCUCUUCUUCCCCAGCAUGUUGCUGCGACCGGCAACCUCUACACCCAAUGUCACCUGGUCAGAGGUGCAGGUGCCCUUGCUCCUGAGAGCCAUUCCCGUUGGCAUCGGCCAGGUAUACGGCUGUGAUAACCCCUGGACUGGAGGCAUUUUCCUGGUAGCUUUGCUCCUGUCUUCACCUCUUAUUUGUUUGCACGCCGCAAUUGGGUCCACCAUGGGGAUGUUAGCAGCGCUGACCAUCGCCACGCCCUUCCACUCUAUCUACUUUGGCCUAUGUGGCUACAAUAGCACGCUGGCCUGCAUCGCCGUGGGUGGCAUGUUCUACGUCCUCACCUGGCAGACUCAUCUGCUGGCCAUCGCCUGUGCUCUGUUUGCUGCGUACUUGGGGGCCGCGCUGGCUAACAUGUUCUCUGUGUGUGGAUUGCCACCCUGCACGUGGCCCUUCUGCCUCUCAGCACUCACCUUCCUGCUCCUAACCACCAACAAUCCUGCCAUCUACAAGCUCCCACUCAGCAAGGUCACCUACCCAGAGGCCAACCGCAUCUAUUAUUUGUCCCAGGAGAAAAACAGAAGAGCAUCGACCGUAACCAAGUAUCAGGCCUAUGAUGUCUCCUAA